UUUGAGGCAGAGUCUCAUUCUGUUGUCCAGGCUAGAGUGCAGUGGCAUGAUCUCGUCUCACUGCAACCUCCGCCUCCCGGGUUCAAGCGAUUCUCCUGCCUCAGGCUCCCGAGUAGCUGGAACUAUAGGUGCUCACCACCACACUCAGCUAAUUUUUGUAUUUUUAGUAGAGACGGGGUUUCGGCAUGUUGGUCAGGCUGGUAUUGAACUCCUGACCUCGUGAAGAAUGCAUCACUUUUCUAAGGUUUUAAUAAUCAUAAUAUUCAGGACCUUCAAUGUGCCAGGCAAAGUGUUAGGAAAGUUUUAUCCAUUUUCUCUUAUGUGCUAAGCAGUCCUACUAGCUGCUUCAUCCUGGAAAUAUAGUUGGGGAGACAGAACUCCAACUGUGUGUUUAACAUCUCUUGAUUCCCAGGAGCCUACAGCUCCUCAUGUCCAAAAUGAAACAUGUCUCUCUUCUCCCCAUGUUUUGACCCACCCUGCAGCACUCCCACUGCCAGAAAAAUCAAACAAAAAAACACACACACAACCAUUGUGCGUUUCCUCUCAGGGAGUGCCAGAAACCAUCCAGUUUAUGCCAGAAACCUGGGAGUCAACCUUGCCCCUUCUCUGCUUAACCCCAUAAAUCUGACACCAAGAAUCCUGUCAACUCCUCUUACAUCUUUCCUUGCCAUUUUUUCUGGCCCCAUUGCCUCCACCCUAUUCCAUUUCAUUAUUUUCCUGCCUUUUCUAUUGUUGAAGCCUCCAAACUGGCCUACAUCUCUGAGCUGGCCUUCCUGCCCCUCCUCCACUGGUCCAUUUAAUCUGCCAUCAGAGGGAAUGUUUCUUCUAAUAUGCAAAUAUGAUUAUAUUGCUUUCUUGGGUAAAUGCUUCAGCAGCCUGUUACAUUCUUUCAAUUUCUUGAACUGAAAGUAGUCUCUUUAGCUCUUAAAUAUGCAAUUUCUUCUUUCUUGAUUAUUUUCCUCCUCUUAGUCUAGCCAACUUUCAUUCCUCCUGCAGACUUCAGCUUAAAUAGCCUACAUUUGUUGAGGUUUAUGGUUGUCUGUCUGCAUGGGAUGUCCACGAUGGCAGGGACUAUGAGAGACUUGUUCAGACUCUAACAUCUGACUCAGUGGCCGGACACCGUGGCUCACGCCUAUAAUCCCAGCACUUUGGGAGGCCGAGCUGGGUGGAUCACGAGGUCACGAGAUCGAGACCAUCCUGGUCAACAAGUUGAAACUCUGUCUCUACUAAAAAUACAAAAAUUAGCUGGGCAUGGUGGUGCACACCUGUAGUCCCAGCUACGCAGGAGGCUGAGGCAGGAGAAUUGCUUGAAACCACGAGGCAGAGGUUGCGGUGAGCCAAGAUUGUGCCAUUGCACUCCAGUCUGGGUAACAACAGAGAAACUCUGUCUCAAAAACAAAAACAAAAACAUCUCACUCAGAGUUGGUGCUCAGUGUCUACCUGUUGAAUGAAUAGUAUAGGGGAGAAAAAACAUUUUUUCUCUACCCUCUGAGGUUCAGUGGCUGGGCCCUGCAAAAUAAACUGAUGAGAGAUAUAUUAUCAGGAAGGUUUAUGCAUAAAUGUAAAGAAGUGGUUUAGACCAGGGGGCUCAUAUGCCAUUUUCACAAAGAGUAAAAAUUGUGGAGAAGUAACUAGACAAAGGUAGGGGAAUGCUUCUUGGGUAAAUUGUAGGAAGGUAAAUAUAUGGGGAAGCUAGCAGAAGAUAAGGGUUAUUCAGUAAGGUUUGUUAUGUGGACUCAAGUUGGUGCCUUCCCCAUUAGUAAGGGUUGCUCUCCUUUUCCUGGUACUGGAGAGGAAGACACAUUUACAAAUGGAUAUUUAUUACCUAUACAUAGGAAAAUUUAUGCCCUGCAUUUAUACAAAAAUAGGGAAGGCAAAGAGCAAAUUGGUUUCAGCUCAAAACAAUUGUUACACAAAAGUGGCAUAUUUAGGGAGGGCAUAGGCUGAUCCUCUUCAAAAGGAAUUAAGUUGCUUGUUUCUUAUCAUGAUUAUGAGAGUGACUUUGAAUUAAUUCCUGCUUUUGAAAGUACAUUUAAUUCUCAGCUGUUUUUGCUUUUGAAUGCAGUUUGGGAGAGCCCCUGUGACUGUGCAAGUGGAGCGCAGCUGUGUGGAUGCCCCAGCAUGGAUGAGUACAUGGUCCUGAGAGGGACUGGGGAGGGCUCCUUCGGCAGAGCUCUUUUGGUUCAGCACGAAAGCAGUAAUCAGAUGUUUGCCAUCAAAGAAAUAAGGCUUCCCAAGUCUUUCUCCAGUACACAGAAUUCUAGGAAGGAGGCUGUUCUUUUAGCCAAAAUGAAACACCCCAAUAUUGUUGCCUUCAAAGAAUCUUUUGAAGCUGAAGGACACUUGUAUAUUGUGAUGGAAUACUGUGAUGGAGGGGAUCUAAUGCAGAAGAUUAAACAGCAAAAAGGAAAGUUAUUUCCUGAAGACAUGAUACUUAAUUGGUUUACCCAAAUGUGUCUUGGAGUAAAUCACAUUCACAAGAAAUGUGUGCUACAUAGAGAUAUCAAGUCCAAGAAUAUCUUCCUCACUCAAAAUGGAAAAGUGAAAUUGGGAGACUUUGGAUCUGCCCGUCUUCUCUCUACUCCGAUGGCAUUUGCUUGUACAUACGUGGGAACACCACAUUAUGUGCCUCCAGAAAUUUGGGAAAACCUGCCUUAUAACAAUAAAAGGUGAGUGGUGCAUAUUUGAUGCAAGGGUGCCCAUUUGGUGUCAGGCAUUGUAGCCUGCAAAUGAUGCUAGACUCUGACGUCACUUCAAAGCAGACGCAUGGAUCAUUUGAUUUCUAAAAAGUAUAUCUGAAAGCAAUGUGGAAUCUAUAUUGUUAAUCUAUAUUGCGAGGCUGCUAGAUGAAAGUAAUAGUUUUCCAAUUUUAUUAAUUAUAGCUGAGAGGAGCAAAUGCUGAAAAAAGGCUCGUCAUUUCUAGGGAUUUGUACAAAUUAUAUCAGUGGUUCCCUGACUUUGCUGCUCCCACUUUAAGAAUCCCAAAGGUCAUUGUUGUGUCUACACUAAUUAAAUCAAAAUGCCAAAGGAUAGGAAGCAGGCACCAGUCAUUUUUCAAGAUCACUGGGUGAUUCCAAUGCACAGCAACAUUUGAGAACCAAUAGAUUGUGUCAUUGAGUUAGUAUUUACAGGGAUAGAUUAUAAGCAGUUGGUUGAUAGAUAAAUUGAUUGCAGAAGGUUAGCAUGAAGAUCUUAAUGAUUUAAAAUGCAGUAUUUUUUCUGAAUAUAUGUGCCCAUCGUGGGGAUGGAUGUGCAGGAAAGAUUGGAAGUAGACCUGUAAGAAAGGACAUGGAAAUCACCUACAUUUCCCAACUGCUAAUAACAUUUUGCUGUUUUUUUCUUCAUCCAUUCACUUUUCCCCCUAAAACUAGUUGAUAUAUUUUAUGUAUAAUUUGCUUUUGUCAUUUAAUAUCAUAAUAGUCAUUUCCUCACAUACUUAAACUCUUCAUAAAUUUUCUAAUGGCUGCAUAUAUUUCACCAUAUGGCCCUUCCAAAAUUUACUUAGUAAUUCCUUUGUUGUUGGCCUUAUGUUUCUAGAUUUCAGUAUCAUAAGCAGUGCUGUGAUUAACGUACCUUUUGUGUAUAAAGAGGUCCUUGUUUUGUGUCACAUUCUUGGCAUGGAUUCCUAGAAGCAGAAACACUUAAAGGCUGUGUUACUUUUUGCUGACUUGCUUUCUGAAAAGGGUAUGACAGUCUGUACUAAAUAGGUUUCUUUAAAAGUAGAAUUGACUGAAUCAAAACAAAACAACUCUACCAGGACUUAUUGGGACAAUUGGGGAAAUGUGGAUAUACAGUAAAUAUUAAAUAAUGUUAUUGAAUUGAGAUUAAAUUGCUCAGAUGUGAUAACAGUAUUGUGUUUCUGAGGGAAAGGGUACGUCUUUGUUCUUAGGAGAUCCAUGCUGAUGUAUACGGGGAUGAAGUGUUCCAUACCUGCAACCUUUUUUCAGGAGGUUCAGAUAGGUAUAGAGGAGGGACAUUAGCCCGCAAACAUGGCCAAUGGGAAUGAUUGCAGGACCUAGAUAAGGACAUGUGGACAUUUGCAACUUUUCUGUUUCAAAAAAAUUUUUUUUUUGAGACAGAGUCUUGCUCUAUUGCCCAGGCUGGAGUCCAGUGGUGUGACUGUAGCUGGGGGAGGGAGCGGGGACUUCCCAGAGACGCUCCCAGUUCUCCAGUCCGAGGUCCUUGGCUCCUCUUACCCCAGAGAAUGGGGAAAGGGGCCCAGGAGGAGCGGUGAGCUUGUCGUUCAAAUAAAUAGCGUGGACCCAAAGAGUUUUUGCAGAAAAACCGAUUUAUUAGGCAGAGAGAGAGAGAAAGAAAGCUCCCACGCUGUUGUGGGAUGGGAAUUCGGAGGGGAUAUCCGUUUAGAGAAGGAGCAGCGGAUUUUUAACCCUGGAGUUAUCCCUCAUUCAUGUUCUCGUCCAAUUUGAGAGAAGUUCUUUCAAACUUCCUUUGGAGUGAUUGAUUUGACUCUGAUACCGGAUUGGCUGCUUGGUCCGCAACAGAGCCUCCUCCUCCCGGAGCUAAAUUCUAUCUCAAUUUACUUUAGAACAUUAGGAUUUAUAAAUGAAAGUAAUUUGCUCUUCUUUUAACAAUAGUUUGUUGUGCGCUAGCCUUUAAUUUCAUGUGAGAACCUAUUCUACAUUUAUUUAGACAUUUUAAUUAGUUUGAUUAUUAUUUCAUCUUACACAAGGUUGGUGUCUUAAAUCGAAUAAUGUCUGACCAAGUAAAAUGGCUUAAUUAAAAUGUUUUUGCAGUCAAUCAAUACCUAAAUGAAUAGAGCAGAGUAAGAAAAAUCUAAGUAUUAGUUUCAAAUAUGCCUUUUUCCUUUCUAGGAUAUGAGGGUAUGUUCUAAUGUACUCCCAAUCAGCAUAUAGGUAGUAAUCCCACUAGUAGAAUAUCUUAAUCAAUUCAUUUCCAAAUAUAUUACACAUGUAUUCCAUAAGGAUUUUUCAUAAAUAUAUUUUAAAGAAUAUAUUUGAAAAUAUUUUAAGAAGAUUUUAAAAUAUAACUGAAUCAUAUUUAAUAAUUAAAAGGAAUUAUAGGUAAUGAAUGUUUAUAGAAUAGUCAUUCUGCUACAGUCAAUAAAACUGCAUAGAUAUUUAAGACAUUAUAUCUACUUCCCAGGAGCUAAUGCUGUGGAAAAACAUAUGUGCUAUGCUAAUUCUUUGGCACACUAUUUCAUAUCUAUUUAUCUCUUGCUGUGUAACCAAACCCUCUAUAUUUGUGGAUUAAAAUGGGGAUCCACAAAUUAUAUCUCAUGUGUCAUAUCUAGUUUGAGUCCUGUUUUUGUG